AUGGGCCCCUGUACCGCCUCCUCAUGCUGCUGCCAGGCCCGUAAUCUGCCAUGGGCCCCCGUACCGACUCCUCAUGCUGCUGCCAGGCCCGUAAUCUGUCAUGGGCCCCUGUACCGCCUCCUCAUGCUGCUGCCAGGUCCAGAGUGUGUCAUGGGUCCCUGUACGGCCUCCCAUUGCUGCUGUCUCCAUCGCCACACUCUGCCAUGUGCCACUUUCAGGUCUCCUCACACUGCUGGUGGGUUCCAUUUUGUCAUAGGGUGCUGUAUGGCCUCCCAUUGCUGCUGCCUCCACCGCCACACUGUGGCUCCACACUCUGGUUUUGGCCCCGUGACUGCCCAAAUGAGUGAAGUGUGCAGUGAUUCUAAGAUCGACGGCACUCAUCUGCAUGUCAUACUGACUGACAGUAUUAUUUCUCUUCCCCAGCAGACUCCAAGGGCAUUUAAAUUAAAGGUACAGUGUUCUGCACUAAUAUAA